AUGCAGAGGUACACUAGUUUCCUGUUUCUGUCUUUAAUCCUUUGUGCCACCCUGUCAGAAACAUUUGGACUGGUUUUCUCAGCAAAAGAAAAAAGGGGCUGGACUUUGAAUAGUGCUGGUUACUUACUUGGGCCACAUGCAGUAGAUAACCACAGAUCUUUUAAUGACAAACAUGGUUUCACUGGUAAACGUGAAAUACAGCCUGAUGAGGAUAUUAAAGCAGGGAAUCUUGGAAGACUACUGGCUGAUGAAAACAUUGUGCGCACAGUAAUUGAAUUUUUGACUUACUUGCACCUUAAAGAGGUGGGAGCACUUGACAAACUACCUUCACCAGAGGAAACAAAUCAGUCUUGAAGAAGAAUGCAUUUUUAUUUUGUUGUAAUGUAGAUUUAGAUUGAAUUCUAAACAAAAGAUCCAAAUGAGCUGAAGAUGAGAAAUAUUGUUUGCAUUAAUUUGAUAAAUGGUAAACAGCAUUCUACCCUCUGGGUUUUUUGUUUGUUUGUUUGCUGUGAUGUUAUAGUGUAAAAUUUUGCCUUGGUAAAAUUUUUCUGUAGGUAAAUGAUAAAAUAAAAAUAAAGAGCAACUA